CGUCAACACUGUACAGAACAUCGCAAAAUAACGGAAAAUUGUAUCGACUACGACUCCAAAAACAUAACGCGCGCACUUGACUCGCACAACGCUCGAGAUUAGUUCGUCCUCGCGCUGUUUUCCGCCUUAAAUCACGGACAGACCGAGCCAUUGAAAUAAAUAAAUGAUCGUCUCCAUCCUCAGAUGCUGCCGCCGCUGCAUCCAUACCGGAGGAUUCAGACGCACGGACCUUCGUUUGUUUAAUGAAAUAAACACGUCUGCUUCAACUUUAAUGUGCCAUCGUACAUGCCAUUUAACCGAAACUCUUCAGAUAUCUUGGUGAUUUUACCGGGAUCAUGUGGACACCGACCGAGGACGAGAAGAUUGGAGUGGUGGUCUGUAGUUUCCGUGGAUCUGUGUCACAUGGACUGACUCUAGAGCUUGGAGAAACGGUUCAGAUCCUGGAAAAGUGUGAAGGAUGGUACCGAGGGUUUUCCACCAAGAAGCCCACAAUCAAGGGUAUCUUCCCAGCCGGCUAUGUUCAUUUGAAGAAGGCAGUCGUCACCAACAGGGGCCAAUAUGAGACUGUGAUCCCCCUGGAAGACCCCAUUGUGACAGAGGUCACCUCGACACUUCAAGAGUGGUCUGUUCUAUGGAAGCAGUUGUAUGUGAAGCAUAAAGUUGACCUGUUCUACAAGCUCCGUCACGUAAUGAGUGAGCUGAUUGAUCUGAGAAGACAACUGCUUUCAGGUCACCUGACCCAGGAUCAAGUCCGAGAAGUCAAACGCCACAUCACUGUACGGCUGGACUGGGGAAAUGAGCACUUAGGUCUGGAUCUGGUGCCCAGGAAAGAGUUUGAAAUGGUAGAUGCAGACCAGAUAAGCGUUUCAGAUCUCUACAAAAUGCACCUAUCCAGCAGACACAGUGUCCAGCAAAGCACAUCACAGGAUGGUGGAAGACAGAGACACGGUGACUCGUGUCGGAUGCCUGUGCCGCACCAUCUUUUCGUCAACCUGAAGAGCUUCACAUACAACACCAUCGGCGAAGACACCGACAUCUUCUUCUCUCUGUAUGACCUUAGAGAAGGCAAGCAAAUCAGUGAGAAGUUUAUGGUGAGACUGAACAAAAAUGGCGGGCCAAAGAAUCUAGAGAAGGUGGACCGUCUCUGUGCGCUCUUCACGGACCUAAGCAACAAGGACAUGAAGAGAGAUCUGUAUAUUGUGUCCCAGGUUAUCAGGACGGGGCGAAUGUUGCUCAAUGACUCGAAGAAAGGCCCCCCUCACGUGCAGUACCGCCGGCCGUACGGAUGCGCAGUGUUAGCCAUGAGCGACGUCCUUCAGACCAUCUCUGAACUCAAAGAGGAGAAAGACUUUGUGCUCAAAGUUUACACUUGUAAUAAUGAAAACGAGUGGUAUCAGAUUCACGAGAACAUUAUCCGCAAGUCCAGCACCAAAUACACUGUCCCCAGUACGAACUACGGUCUAAUCAUCUCCCUGCAGCUGUUACGAGGUGACAUGGAGCAGGUGCGCAGGGAAAACCCCAUGAUAUUUAACCGUGGCGUGGCCAUCACGCGGAAACUGGGCUUCCCCGAUGUAAUCAUGCCAGGUGACAUUCGCAAUGAUCUCUAUCUCACGCUGGAGAAAGGAGACUUUGAGAGAGGAGGCAAGAGCGUUCAGAAGAACAUUGAGGUCACCAUGUACGUGCUCUACGCUGAUGGGGAGAUCCUCAAAGAAUGCAUUAGUCUGGGCUCAGGAGAGUACAACAUCAGCGAGUAUCGCUCUUUCGUUCUCUAUCACAACAACAGUCCUCGCUGGAGUGAGGUCGUCAAACUGCCAAUCCCCAUCGACCGAUUCCGGGGGUCCCACCUGCGCUUUGAAUUCAGACACUGUUCAACAAAGGACAAAGGAGAAAAGAAGCUUUUUGGCUUUGCGUUCACUCCGCUCAUGAGAGAGGACGGCACCACACUGUCAGAUGAGAGCCAUGAGCUUUACGUCUACAAGUGUGAUGAGAACACAACCUUCAGUAACCACGCACUGUACCUGGGACUGCCCUGCUGUAAAGACGACUUCAACGGCUGCCCAAACAUCCCAUCCAGCCUCAUAUUCCAGCGCAGCACAAAGGAAAACCUCUGGAUUUCCACUCAGCUUUCCUCUACCAAAUUAACACAGAAUGUUGAUCUACUAGCUUUGUUAAAGUGGAAAGCACAUCCGGACCGCGUAAUGGACAUUUUGGGUCGAUUACGGCACGUCUGCGGGGAGGAAAUAGUCAAAUUUCUUCAAGACAUCCUUGAUACACUGUUUUCCAUUCUGGAUGAAAACACAGACAAAUAUGGACCCCUGGUGUUUCAGUCACUGGUGUUUAUCAUCAAUCUACUUCGGGAUAGUAAAUUUUAUCACUUCCGGCCUGUGAUGGACACCUACAUCCAGAAGCAUUUCGCUGGAGCUCUGGCUUACAAAGAGCUGAUUCGCUGUCUCAAGUGGUAUAUGGACCGAUCAGCAGAAGUCGUACGGCAGGAUCACAUCCAGGAAGCCAUGAGAGCUCUGGAGUACCUAUUUAAGUUCAUCGUCCAGUCGCGGAUCCUCUACUCGCGGGCCACCUGUGGGAUGGAGGAAGAUCAGUUUCGGGCCAGUAUCCAGGAGCUUUUCCAGUCCAUCCGCUUUGUACUCAGCCUCGACAGCCGCAGCUCUGAGAUGCUUAUUUUCACACAGGGUCCUCAGCCUCCUACAGGACAAGCCAGUACCAACCAGGGCAGCUGCUUGCAGCCGUUGAGCUGUAAUGCCCCACGGCCUUCUCCGCUGUCUGCUGCCCUGCUCAACUCUUUUCCCGCCAUUUUUGACGAGCUUUUACAGAUGUUCACAGUGCAGGAAGUGGCAGAGUUUGUAAGGGGAACUCUGGGGAGUAUGCCUAGUACAGUCCACAUCGGUCAGUCCAUGGAUGUGGUAAAGCUGCAGUCCAUUGCUCGAACAGUGGAUAGCAGGCUAUUCUCCUUUCCAGAAUCAAGGAGAAUUCUUCUCCCUGUUGUUCUCCAUCAUAUUCAUCUGCAUCUGCGGCAGCAGAAGGAGCUUCUCAUCUGCUCAGGGAUCUUGAGCAGCAUCUUCUCCAUUAUUAAGAGCAGCUCACUGGAGAGCUCAGUGCAGGAAGAGGUGGAGAUGAUGGUGGAGAGUUUAUUGGAUGUGUUGUUGCAGACGCUUUUGGCCAUCAUGAGUAAAUCUCAGUCUCAGGAGGCGGUAAGAGGACAGCGCUGUCCACAGUGCACAGCUGAGAUCACUGGGGAAUACGUGUCCUGUCUCUUGUCCCUUUUGCGACAAAUGUCGGACAUUCACUUCCAACACCUUCUGGACAACUUUCAGAGCAAAGAGGAGCUCAAGGAGUUCUUGCUGAAGAUUUUCUGUGUGUUCAGAAACCUGAUGAAGCUCAGUAUAUUUCCCAGAGACUGGAAUGUCAUGAGACUUCUGACCAGCAAUAUCAUUGUGAGCACAACUCAGUAUCUGUCACCAGCUCUGCAUAAGAGCUUUACGGAUGCUGACUUUGAUUUUAAGGUUUGGAAUUCUUACUUCAGUCUGACAGUGUUGUUUAUCAACCAGCCCAGUCUACAGCUGGAGAUGCUCACACCAGCAAAGAGGAAGAAGGUCUUUGACAAGUAUGGUGAUAUGAGAGUGAUGAUGGCUUAUGAACUAUUUAGCAUGUGGCAGAAUUUGGGUGAGAAUAAGAUCCACUUCAUACCGGGAAUGAUCGGGCCAUUUUUGGGUGUGACGCUCGUACCACAGAAUGAAGUGCGGAAUAUAAUGAUCCCCAUCUUUCACGAUAUGAUGGACUGGGAACAGCGAAAGAACGGCAACUUCAAACAGGUGGAGGCAGAACUGAUUGACAAGCUGGACAGUCUGGUGUCGGAAGGCAAAGGAGACGAGAAUUACAGAGAACUCUUCAGUUUGCUAACUCAACUUUUUGGACCAUACCCCAGUCUGUUGGAGAAGAUUGAGCAGGAGACCUGGAGGGAGACUGGCAUCUCGUUCGUCACGUCUGUCACACGCCUCAUGGAACGACUGCUGGACUACAGGGACUGUAUGAAAGGUGAUGAAACAGAAAACAAGAAAAUAGGUUGCACCGUCAACCUGUUGAAUUUCUACAAAUCAGAGAUUAAUAAGGAGGAGAUGUAUAUCCGAUACAUUCACAAGCUUUGUGACAUGCACCUGCAGGCUGAAAACUACACAGAGGCGGCGUUUACUCUGCUGCUGUACUGGGAGCUUUUACACUGGGAGGAAAGACCACUGCGAGAAUUCCUGCACUAUCCUGCACAGAGUGAAUGGCAUCGCAAAGAGGGUCUCUGCCGUAAGGUCAUCCACUACUUCAACAAGGGGAAGUGUUGGGAGUAUGGUGUCCCGCUGUGCCGAGAACUAGCCUUUCAGUACGAGUCUCUUUAUGAUUAUCAGAGCCUCAGCUGGAUACGGAAAAUGGAGGCAGCGUAUUAUGACAAUAUCAUGGAACAGCAGAGACUAGAGCCGGAGUUCUUCAGGGUGGGCUUUUAUGGGCGGAAAUUCCCCUUCUUCCUCAGGAAUAAGGAGUUUGUUUGCCGGGGACAUGACUACGAAAGGCUUGAAGCUUUUCAGCAAAGAAUGCUGGGUGAAUUUCCACAAGCUAUUGCCAUGCAGCACCCUAAUCAACCAGAUGAGGGAAUUUUGCAGGGUGAUGCCCAGUACUUACAGAUCUACGCAGUUACUCCAGUUUCAGAAAAUGUAGAUGUGCUGCAGAUGGACCGUGUACCUGACCGCAUCAAAAGCUUCUACAGAGUCAAUAAUGUCAGACGAUUUCGUUAUGACCGACCCUUCCACAAAGGGCCGAAAGACAGGGAGAAUGAAUUUAAGAGUCUCUGGAUUGAGCGGACUACACUUAUCCUCACCCACCCUCUGCCUGGAAUCUCCCGCUGGUUUGAAGUGGAAAAGCGAGAGCUGGUUGAAGUUAGUCCGCUGGAGAACGCCAUUUAUGUGGUGGAAAAUAAGAACCAGGAGCUUCGCACACUGAUCAGCCAGUACCAGCACAAGCAGCUUCACGGAAACAUUAACUUGCUCAGCAUGUGCCUCAACGGAGUCAUCGACGCGGCCGUCAAUGGGGGCAUAGCCAGAUAUCAGGAAGCAUUCUUUGAUAAAGAGUACAUUAGCAGCCACCCAGAAGAUACAGAGAAGAUCACCCAACUUAAGGAUCUGAUGCAAGACCAGGUUCACAUCCUGGGUGUGGGCCUGGCCGUCCACGAGAAACUGGUGCACCCAGAAAUGCGUCCGCUGCACAAGAAACUCAUUGAUCAGUUCCAGAUGAUGAGGAGUAGUCUUUGUCAUUGUUUUUAUGUGGCCCUGCAGGGCUUGCCCGGUCUAGACAAACUGAGUUCAGCCUGCUCAGGAGCCAGUACACCACGCGGCAUCCUUGCCACUCACAGUCCCAUGAGUCCUGAGAGUAUUAAACUCAUGCACCGAUACAGUCCUCUGAAUGUGUUGGGCUCUGUCCGCCACUCCUCUUCUUCUCUCUCCUCUCACACCUCCAGUGAGACAGGGAAUCUGCUCAUACUGACCGACAGCAUGAUGGAGCACCCGGAGGACCUCUAUCGUAUGCAGGUUGGCAGGGUUGGGAGGCCCAGUCCAUCAUCAUCCAGUUUGAGCUCGACGCAUUCGGCUCCAUCUCAGAUGAUAAACUCGGGGUACAGCAGCAUCAGAAUCGGCUCCCCGUCACUGCCGGACAGAUACAGACACAACAGAGAGAUAUUGAUGCUUCUCCCACCACAUAGGGACCGUCCCAGCAGCGCCAUGUAUCCCAACAUGACUGAGAAUGGACAGCCUGCUAACCAACAGAGGGCUCUAUACCAUCAGGUCAUUGGUCCCUGCAAACCCUGCAGUGACCCCAAUCUCUCUGUGGCUGAUAAAGUGGUGACUGCUCCCAGCAGCUGGAGUUUGGACAGCGGCACCAGGGACACUCUCCCGUUCCUCUCCUCUCAUGUGGGGAGUGUGAUGGCCCCGCCCGUUCCUCCCCGCAGUCUUCCUCCUGGACACUUCUCGAUGCACUUUGAUGCUUUCCAUCACCAGAUCAGUGAACUCCCUCCAGCUCUCCCUGCGCGCUCCUUAAGAAAGUCGCCCCUGCACCCUAUACCUGCCUCGCCCACCAGUCCACAAUCGGGCCUGGAUGGCAGUAACUCCACCUUGUCUGGCAGUGCCAGUAGUGGCGUCUCCUCCUUGAGUGAGAGCAACUUUGCCCAGUCCUCUUCCGAGCCUCCAGCACGAGCCGACACCCUGGACUCAAUGCCAAGCAGCCAGACCUGGACCACGGACACGGAGGAAGCCGAGAGCCCCUACCUCCCUGUUCGCUACAGCAUCUCUGAGCCCGAUGUUCUGGACCCUCUCAAGCCAGCUCCAUGCCGUAGUCUUUCAGCCCCAUUGGGCAUAACCCCAGGGAUGCCCCCUGAUGGGCACCUCCACCAUCAUCUCCACCUUCACCACCACCACCCACAUGCAAUUCACAUCACCCACCCCCACUACCAUCACCACGAGCCUCCACCCGCUCUGCCCCCCAAACCCUACCUGAGGGAGGGGUGCAUCCCUGAAGAGGACCUGAGGCCAGUUCCAAGGCCCAUGCUCCGCAAGAUCUCCCAGCCUCUGCUCACUAACAAGGAGGAACAAGCCAAGGUGGCCUGGGAACAUGGCAUCAGUGAAGAAUAGAAGAAGAACAAGGUUUGGCUUGACCACUGACUUUGGUGGGAUGGGUGGUCAGGUUUUGGGAAUGAUGACGCCCCAAAGCAGUGACUGGUUUAGAACUUUCUGCUCUACUUCCAGUAUAUCCAGUGUAGGUCUUUUAAACUUUUUUCAGAAAUGCUUGCCAUGUUGCUGAGCUUCUACAUGCUAGUGGGAAUUUUACGUUUUUGUACUACUUUGGUGUUGGAUGGGUGUUGACCAAGAACAUUAAGUUCAAAGUACUAGGGCCCAUGCCACUUACACUCAAAAGUUUGUGUAUUGAUGAGAUGACCCAGACAGGGUAAUGUAGGUUAGAAUAAUCUUCGCUCUUCAAAGUAAUAGAUCCAAGAGUUUCAUGCCCUCAGACAUGUAUACACCUCCUCUCAAGUUAACACUUCAUAAUUAUCAUUCCAAUAGUUCCGACUGACAACAUUAAGCACUUUUCCAGUAUUGGGCCGAAUGGUUCUGAGUAUGGUAACGGUUCCAGUAGCAUUUCUACUUAAGCAUGGUUUGGUAAGGUGCAAUUUCAAACUGUUCCUGGCUCAGAUUUCUCAGCACAGUAAGCUAACCAUUCUCAGGACACAGAACCGUGCUGGUGGAAUGGCUUUAGUAUGUGACAACUCACAACUGGUCACUUGCUCAGUCAAUCCAUUGGAAGCACUAUAGUGGAAAACUAAACUGUAACCGUGCCAACGAGACCAGAUCAGUAUGGAACGGCAUGGAUCCACAACGAGAACCAUUCAGCCUGAUGGUGAAAAACCAGCUAUACAUCCACAAAUUAUUGAGUGUUGACAAACCUUGCAGGAAAUACUAGUUGGGUUGCACUUUAGCACUCAACCUUGGAGCACCAAAAAAAAAAAAAACUUAUUAGUUUUGACUUUUUUCCAAAAUGAUAAUUAAAAAAAAUGCUAGCAGAGAGUGGUUCAGUGGUUUCUUAGAUGGCUAAAAUUUAAAUUAAGUUAACUUGCCUCUUACCGACUUAAAUAAGGGUGGAUUUCAGAAUAUCUUUGAAUAUAUCCAAAUCGUCUAAACAUGCUCAUUUUCUCUGACAAGAUAUUUACCUCCCGAUCCAAUGCAAGAACCUCAAAUACCUUUUCAUUAACACAGAGGUUGAUAUGUAACAUGCUAAUACUUUAUUACAAAACUAAAAACACUUAACAAAACAUCUGCUACCUCCUGCUCAGUAGCGGGAAGCUUCUCCCGAGAGAAGCUGCUUUGAUUUGACAGUAAGAGGCUUUUACAGUCUUCGUAAAGCCUCAUUACACCCACAAUAUUGUCGUGCUGCGGAAGCAAAUCAGUCAGUUUGAACACUACUAUCCCGUUAUGCUAAUAACAAAACAGUCAAAGAGCUGUUCUAUCAAAGCCAUUCCAUAGAUGUGUCCUAAUGGUAAAGUGGCUUUUGGUCUCUGCAGGUUUCUUGGGGAUUUGAUUUCCGUUCCUCUGAGUUGAUGGUUUUCAUAAAGAAGUAUAUAUAUUUUUAGAUAGAGCUGUUAUAAAAUUCUACGAAUUUUAUAUAAUUGUAUAGUAAAAGAGAUUGAAUAAAUAUUGCCUAGAUUAUAUCACAAAUAUUAUGAAAGAUUAUAUCACACGUUGGAUGGGUGGAAAAGAGGGAAAAUUCACAUAAGUGUGUGUUUUGUUUUGUUCAAGUUUGGGGACUUUGAAAUGUCCUUAAGCUGCUGAUAGAUGCACACUCGAUACAUUAUGGUGUUGCAUAAUAAUUUUUGAUGACUUGAAAGUGUAUGUUAUUUAAAAAGCUUUUUUUAUGUUCAGUUGUGCAUGUUCUCUUCAACGGUGGUGAUAAUAUUGUCCUACAUCACUUGAAGGGAGUGUCUGGUCACAUGACACUGUUAUUUUUUUCUACUUUGGUUGACACACUGCUGAUUGAGUCUGGGAUAAAUACUGUAUAUGUGGCAAAAAUGGCACAAAACCUAAAUCUGCAGGCCAAUUUUAAUUUUAUUUUCAAGAGAAAAGCAAGAAUGGCCAUUGUCCUCUUAUUGAGACAAUGUACUAACUAGGUGCGACGCUAUAAAGAUACAAGGCGAAAAAUCUCAUGUUGAUCUGAGUUCGAAGAUUACUGUGUUUCUGUCUUUCUGUCACAUUGUGCUUUUUAGCCCCACCCACAAUAGAUCCUUACUGGUCCAGAAUCCUGCUUCAAAUAGCUGUACUUAUACAAAUAUAUCCUGAUUGGCUGUGAUUGUGUGGCAUUCUGCAGCAUUUUUGGUUUCAGUGUGGAAAUACAAAAUACUUACUGUUGAAAACUUGUCAUGUUGUGCCAUGUUAGGGCACGUGUGAGACAUUUCUUAUUCACAGUAAUCCACUGUACAUUUUUCAUCUUUUAUUAUGGGCAUUAUCACAUAGUGUACAUAUUUGUGAAAUAUAUAAUUUAACAAUUUAAUUUAAUGCCAUUUUACUCCUUGUUCUGUAUUGUUUUAGGUAGAUAAUUUCCGAUGCAUACACACAAUUCAUAUUUUAUGGUUCAUUUGGUUUGUCACUUCAUUAUCAUUAUGUUUUGGUUUCGAAGGUCUGGCAUGCAAUCAGAAAAUAUACUCAAGGUAGCACAUAGUAUGAAAGCCCAUACUUGAAGGAUAUGAUGAAAAGAAAGUAUUUAGGUAAUCAUAGGCAAGACUUUUUUAUAUGUGCUUUGUAAUAUAAAGACUGUACUCAUCAUGGUGAGGUAUGUACAGAAAUAAAUGCAUGCCAACUUACUGGAAGAUAGUUCAUCGCUUAUGGCCUUUUUAUGGCCAGAGAAAACAAAUACAAGUGUUGUCAUAGAAGGCCUUCCGUAAAUGUGGGAAUCCAUUCACCACCAUCAUAUCUCCAUUCUGUCUAUUGCUCUUUAAGUAAGGCUUAACAGGUGAUGGUAUACAUUUAAAGAUUAUAUAUAUAUAUAUAUAUAUAUAUAUAUAUAUAUUUAUUAUUAUUAUUAUUAUUAUUUACUCAAUGAUGAAGACAUAUAAUGAGAAAAAAUAUUUGCGUUAUAUCUCCAAAGACAUACAGACAUGGGUUUACUGAUAGGUUAAGUUAUUAUGAUUAACCUUAAGGUUAAUUCAGACGAUAUAAAUAUUUUCUAUACACAUUAAAUAUUGAGUGAUCAGGGAAGGAAUCUAUGCAAAGAUUGAGUGAUAUAACAGUGUAUGUCCUGCUCGAGUAUAUCCAGGAUGGCCCAUUCUGUGAAUAUUAGCACUGAUAUAUUAAAAAGCAUUUUUAUUAUUUUCAGUAUUUCUUUUUAUGGCUUUCUAGACAUUUUGCAUGUAAAUACUGACUGACGGAUACUGUGUGUCUUGGAUUCAUUCACAAACAUAAUUUUACUUGCAUAUUCGAGCAAAAAGAAAUAAAAGAAAUAAAGAAUAAUAAAGUAGGCUAUAUUGUCACAAUUCAUUAAAACGUACUUUUAAUGAAGGUACUCAUUUGGCACAAACGACCAUGUAAAAAUCAGUGUACAUAUUUUACAUGUUUGAUAUCUGGAGGCACGCUGACAGAGUUUCGGAUUGAGGGUGAAAUUAAUUUUUUACAUGACAAAGUUGCCCUGAUCAACAUCUAUAUUUCAAACUAGCUCGGUACUGUGUUCAUAUAUACAGCAUAAUGUGUGAAAUGCUAAUAAAAUAUUUGGCUUUUUCUGUAUUUUGCUGAGACAAUUGGUGACUUGAAUGAGGCAGAUAUUGUCAUAUGUUUUUGGAAGGUGAAAUGGGUUAGCAAAGGGAAAACAGGAGAUAAACGACUGGUAUGCAUUAUUUGGUCAUUGUACAUUUGAAAUACUGAGUAAAGGUGGGUAGUGAACACUCUGGCCUGCAUUACAGUUCGUACCGCACUAUGUCUGGCUUUAUUUUGUGUAAAUAAUCCUACGAAAGCUUUGUAUUUAUAUGAUCAAGAGGGACAAAUCAUGUAUAGACCAAGAUUAAUUGUCUGCCUUGUACUUUCUGAUGUAAAUGUGUUUUUAAAACUAAAAUGCAAAAAGGUAAAAAUGAAAAAAAUCUUUCAAUGGCCUAACCACUACAGUUAUUUUGUGUAUUUUGCAUCGAAAUCUGAAGAACGUUACGUUUUACCAUGCAGAAAUGCGAAAACCUUUGUACAAGUAUUCUCAAAGUAUUUUUUUCUGUAUAUAUUGUGCUAGCAUGAAUAUAUGUGGUGUGGAUUUUAUGUAAAUACACACAAUUUCUUUUCUUUUUUUCCUUUUCACUUAACCGCUGUGACAUGUAAUUCAUUAAUAAUGCCUAAUAUUAAAGAAAAUGUUUUAUCGA